CUCCGCCUGCUCUCUCUCUCUCCCUCCCUCACUCUCCUCGAUCUCCAUAGAUAUAGGACAAGAAGCAGUUGCUGCUUUUUACGCCGGUAUGUAGCUAGUGGAACAGAUCUGCAUGUGGGGGAUUUAUCUAGAUAUGCUUUGCGAAGAAAAAACCUCUUUCAAAUCGGAGUUGGCAAUAGGGCGCUUACGAGGGUUAGAUCGAGGAUGCAGAGCUGGCCGGAGAAAGAUUGCAGUGGGAGAAGGAAGAGAGCCGACGGAAAUAAUUGUGUUUCUCUCUCACCACUUUCAGCUUUUCCUUUUCUCUCUCCUCUUCCGCCCCAAUUUGGGGGGCGAGUUAAAACAGUGAAAAAACCCCUAGUUUGCCCACCCCCAGAAUUGUUCCAAACUAUCCAAACGAGGGCUUCUUCCUCGGAUUCCCCAUUUCCCCCCUGUCAUUUACGUCCCCCCAGCCCUUACCCCUCCUUCCCAAACAAAGCGUAAGUAAUAAGAAAAUCAUAUAAACUGUGAGUGAGAUACUCACCGUAGACUAGUGUUACAUUGACAUAUUACACUAAAGAAAUUUGAUGCUAUUUACCUAUGCAAUCUUUGACACUGAUAAGCUAAUUUGUUCGGACAAUCUCAUCAAUUUCAUCGG